ACCUGCGCCGUGUGUUUUUGUUGGUCCGUCCGCGCGGCGGUGAUGAAACCGCGGGGUCCGCUGCCGGCGCGGUACAAACGGGGGAAAUCUCUCCAGACUCCCCGCUCAUGAGGACUCCGGUAACCGCGGAGGACGCACGGAGCAGGACCGAACGGGAGCACCGCCGGGGGCUCUGGAGUGCGGAGCUGCCGCUGCCGCUGCUGCUGCUGCUGGACGAGAGAGUCUGACUAGGCAGUUUUUCUCCCCGGUGACAAGGGACAAUCUCGGCGGCGCAUCUUCCCACGUCCUCCCCUCCCCUCCCCUCCCCUCCCCGAGCCCGCAGCCCGCCACCGACCAUGGCCCUGGUGACUCUGCAGCGCUCCCCCACCCCCAGCGCAGCAUCUUCGGCCAGCACGACGAACAGCAGUGCGGGGGAGGAUAUUGGAAGUGACGAUGAGCGGAAAAAUAGCCUCAGUGAGAGCUUCUUCAUGGUCAAGGGAGCCGCCCUCUUCCUGCAGCAGGGCGGCGGCGCCCAAGGACCAAAGACGCCGACCCACCACAAGCACGCAGGUGAUUUACCUCAACACCUGCAGGUCAUGUUUAAGAUCCUCCGGUCUGAAGAUCGCAUUAAGCUGGCUGUGCGCUUGGAGAGCGGCUGGUCAGACCGAGUGCGCUACAUGGUCGUCAUCUACACCAACGGCCACCAGGACACGGAGGAGAAUAUCGUUCUAGGGAUGGACUUCACAGACAAGGACAGCAUAAAUUGCUCCGUUGGGAUGGUGCUGCCACUGUGGAGUGAUUCCAACAUACAUUUGGACGGAGAUGGAGGCUUCAGCGUGAACACGGCAGGGCGAUCACAUGUCUUCAAGCCUGUCUCCGUGCAGGCCAUGUGGUCCGCCCUGCAGGUCCUCCACAAGGCAUGCGAGGUGUCCCGCCGGUUCAACUACUUCCAAGGGGGCAUCGCUCUCACGUGGAUGGCCUUCUAUGAGGGCUGCAUCACCUCGGAGCAAAGCUGCAUCAAUGAGUGGAAUGCCAUGACCGACCUGGAGACCACCCGGCCCGACUCGCCCACCAUGUUCGUGGAGCGGCCAACUGAGCGAGAGAGAACGGAGUGUCUCAUUAAAGCUAAGCUACGCAGCAUCAUGACGUAUCAAGACCUGGAGAACACCACCUCCAAGGAGAUCCGUAACAAGCUGGAGCAACACAUGAGCUGCAACCUCACUGAGUACAAAGAGUUCAUCGACAACGAGAUGCUUUUGAUCCUGGGUCAGAUGGACAAGCCCACACUCAUCUUUGACCAUGUGUACCUGGGCUCUGAGUGGAACGCUUCCAACCUGGAAGAACUACGCGACUGCGGAGUGGGUUACAUCCUGAAUGUCACCAGAGAGAUUGACAACUUCUUCCCGGGGAUGUUUUCCUAUCACAACAUCCGCGUGUACGAUGAGGAUGCGACUGAUCUCCUGGCCCACUGGAACGACACCUACAACUUCAUCGGGAAAGCCCGGAAGAACAACUCCAAGUGCCUGGUGCAUUGUAAGAUGGGGGUGAGCCGGUCCGCCUCGACGGUCAUUGCCUACGCAAUGAAAGAGUACGGCUGGUCCCUGGAGAAAACCUACAACUUUGUCAAGCAGAGACGGAGUGUGGCCCAGCCCAACGGCGGUUUCAUGAGGCAGCUGGCAGAAUACGAGGGAAUUCUGGACGCCAGUAAACACCGCCACAACAAGCUGUGGAGGCCUGAGAGCGAUAAGGAGGGGGCCGAUGAUUUGCAGGCCUCCGGCCACUGGAGCGGUGGCGAGGAGGCAUCGGGGCUCAGAGGGGCGGAGGCGGUGGGAGGCUGCGGCGCCUCCCCCUGCAGGGCGGUGGGUCUGGAGAUGGAGCCCCUCGACUCGCUCAACUAUAACUAUUACUUCAGACGCUUGUCAGACUCUGCGCUGGACAGCGAGCCCUCCACUCCGGUGCGGGGCCCCCCCCUGCUCGGCAUGGAAAGGGUUUUCAUCGAGAUCGAAGACGUGGAGAGGGAUGCCCUAUUGGAGGACGAGGGUUUCCCCAUGGCCCACUUAGCCCUGCCCGGCGAGGGCACGGCAGCUCAGACGUGUGGCCGCCUCGACCCCCUGGAGGACAUGAGGCUGAGGCUGGAGAUCAGCACGCUGGAGGAGGAGGACGAGGAGGAGGCCAAGAAGGAGGAAGCGGAGAUGGCGGCCCUGGCUCAGGCUCCGGGAAAUCCGGAUGGGAGGAGGGCGGGGGAGGACGCUGAGGGGACGGAGGAGAGCCGGUUAGGCCUGGCCAACCUGAACACCAACAACAGCAACCGCCUGGCUGCCAAGCGCAGCUGCCCUGCAGCCUUCGAUGACAGUGGUAGCACAGGAAACCCUUUAAAAGUGAAGCCGUCCUAUCAGUCCUGCAAGGAUUGCCUGCGUCUACCGCAAGUGCGACGCUGUGACCGUCCCGCAGGAGGCCGCUCUCACCGCCUUAACCCCUCCCGCCACUGCACUAUCCCCACCAUAUGCAUAGAUCCCCCCGGGACCAGUUUCGCACCCACCCCAAUUCUGCGGCCCCUGCAAGUCCCGGCCAGCUCGAUCCAGCCCUCUGCCCAUCCGUCCCGCUGCUCCACUUGCACCCCUGCUGUCCCGCCGACCGACCGCCAGAAACCCGCCUCGCCCAUGAGCUGCGAGGAGACGCCUCCCAACCGCGGCUCGGGGGACACGGACGAACCGCGGGGGGGCGGUACGGGAGAAGACACGGCGAGGGACGGCGGGGGGGCGCCCGCUGAAAGUUCAGAGUUGCAACCGGGUGGUUCGGUGGAGCUCCAGCAGCAGGCUCCGGCCAAGCUAAAAAGGCCAGGACUGGGGAUGGAGUUUGGCCUGGAACUGAUGCGACAGAGGGCAGAGCAGCUUGAGAAGCUGCCGAGCUCGGCCAUGGAGGGCCAGCUCCCGCUGGGGCCCAUGCCUUAAUACUGUAACCCUUACAUGUAUGAGAUGGAGGAGGAGGUUCGCCACUGCCUUCAGCGGGAAUCCUAUUACAGCUGUGGGCCUUUUUUUUUUUUUUUUUUUUUUUAAGAUGACUACCGCUGUGGUGUCGCACCGGAAUCAAAGCUCCGCUUUGACCUGAAGUGUCAUGUCCGGGGGCCUCGCAGCCGCACUGUCACAAGCUGCAUCCCCAGAGAGAGUCUCGUCAUCGUCUGCCGCCGUCAAGAUCCAAGCGAGGCCCGGUUGAUUUGAGCCGUGCGCCCCCGAGGGCUUGAGGUAAGGACUGCAGACUUGUCCCGUGUCCUCCUGAGCCUGCCGGCCCCGCGGCACGUGCAGGAUCAUCACACUUCCCCCACAGCCCAGUGGUGAUGAGCGCUAUGCUGCCGAAUUUGACCCUCAACGGACCGGUUUGGCAUAUUCCAGAGACAGUGGUGGUCGUUCCUUUGUAACUCCUCAGAAAGCUACAGCGAGCACUCUGAUGAUGAUGAUGAUGAUGAUGGAUGGGGAGGAAAAAAAUACCUGAAGUAACAUGCUUCUUUUAGUGUACUGUAUGUUUUUCAGUCCAAGUCAUCGACAGUAUUCAUGAAGGAGCCCGAUGAAUGUUUGCAGUUGCCCCCAUUGUGAUCGCGUUCAGCGUCUCCUCAUGUUUGCUGAUAGCUGAAUCUCCACUGACCUUCAACUAUAUUUUCCCUGCUGCAGCUGCUUUUGCAUCAAGAAAGGGCAUUUCACGUGGAAGCAUAAUCAUUUUUGAAAAAAAAAGGAUGGGAGCCUUUUUAUGCCUCUUAGUAAGGUGUUGUACCUCGGACCACAAGCAUCUCGAACUGUUUUGGUCAAAGACUCUUUUGUUGCCUCUGCACAGUGUCUGGUUCACCCUGACCUCCUCCAUCAAAGUUAAUGUAAUCAUGUACUUAACGCACUCACUUUAGCCCCACGCAUGACUUUGCAGUAUUACAAAACCAACACGCUUGGGCAGAUAACAUAUUAUUUAUAUACUGAAAAUGCAUUCAGAUAUGCCGUUAUUUAGCUUAAGUGACAACAAUCGUGUGUCAGUUCGCUGAUGAAUUGUUUGAACCUAAACCCCCUCAUGCCUGAGAGAAGACUGAAGAUGUACCUUCAGUUGUUUGGGAGAUCUUCACAUUCAUCCUUUCAGAUGUCAGGGUCAUUCAGGAGCUCUUGGUCUGAUCACUUGCGGAUGUACCAAAGCUAUAUCAUUUUGCCCGUGACAUUAAAUCACAAUCAUGAUUUAAAUUAUUUUACUUUAUUACCAUAGCGGCAUCCAGGUACUCAUUCAUCUUAGUGUUUCCCAGAGAAACAUCUGUGAAGACACUCUAACCAUAGAUUUAGCACUCGAGCACAACGUUUGCAUCCAUUCACACUGAAGCAGAAAUAGAUGGAUUCAUUCCCUGCUUGGGGGGGAAAUUCAUUUGGAUCCAACAACCAUUGUUGUAUUGGUAUUAUUAGAAUUUUGACUUUAAAAUGACCAAAUUGAAAACUUGAAAUUAUAAUCUAAAUGUAUUAUUAUAUAUUAGAUUUACUUUUUUCAUCUCUUCAAGUCUUUUCCUCGGCUGUUAUUUCCUCCAUUUUAUUAUAUGCUGGGACAGCUUGAGGCAUGUUGUGUUCAAAGCCAAAGUGGGGUUGCUCCUACAAGUUCUUCUGUCCGGUGGAUGUCGUGUUUUGGCGCGCUGGGUGUGCUGGAAUGGUACUGGGAGAUGCCUGUCUGUAUGCAGGAAAUGCACAUACGAGUAUUAGUGUGUUUAAAGAUUUCAGUGCUUCAGGAGAAAUGAAAACUGUGCAAAGAAUGAAUGAUAGUUUUUAAGAUUUAACCAUCUUUAACCCUGGAUUUUUGUUGUUGUAGAUGUAACAUUUCUUUAGUUAGACCAGUAGAAGCUUCUAUCUUAAUUUCUUCUUCUCCCUUAACUGGACACCAGGGAGCUGCAGGUUUGCUCCACUAGUAAUAAUUUGGUUUUGCCUUUAAACUGCUCUUUCCCCCACGUGGGCAUGAUGUAACGUAAGGAACUGAAAAAUGGGUUGACAGCAUUUGAUGCCACAAACUGUAACAGAAGAAUUAAGAAAAGCUACAUCGUGGCAACUUAGAGACGAGAUUGGUAUCAUUUCAUCUAAACACAUGAGCAUAUUCCCCCCACAUGUUCUCUUCCUUUUUACGUACGAUUAAGAUGAUUCUCUUUGAAGCUCGUUUUUAUCACUGUGUUACAGGUGGGUCCUGAUCAUGCGCUUGACAUUGUGAGCACCAAAAUCCUUCUGUUUGCGAUACCCGGUCCAAAGCACAACGUUGGGUUGUUUGCUUCAUGUUUUGAAUUUGUGUUUGUAUUUAAGUGCCUUAACCUUGGCCUUAGCUCCAUCCUAAAGCAUCACAGGCGUUGCAAGAGUUUCUGUGAGUGUGUUGUUGGCUUUUGGUACAUUACUUGCCCUCACUCCCAAUAAUAACCACGCUCCCUGCAAUGUAUUACUCGGCACAAAAUAAUGAUGUAUGCAAACACACAUAAGCUCACGCACAGCCGCCUCCUCCGCCCCGAACACACCUAUACUUGAUGGACUUCCAUUUAUGAAUAGCCUAUAAUAAUAUUGUAUUUGUUUGAUAUUGUUGAAACUUGUGGUACACUGUAUUGGUUCAAUAGCGGGCUGAGGAACCUUACUUGCUGGAAUGAGAACUAUCAUUUACAUUAAAACAUUAGAAAGGAUGGGUUCAAGUCUUUGAAAUUAACCAAUCUGUAUAUAUUUUUCUCAACAAUUUGCUAUAAGUACAUUAGCUUGCAGAUGUGGUCAAUAUUAAGAAAAUACACUAAUAAUGCUACUGUGUAUUUGAGAAGUACUCAUAAUUAAGUUCUCGUGUUUGUACCACAGCAAAAAAAACAACAACAAGACUUUGGACAUUUUAAGCAAAUGUCUUGGGGCUCCAUUAAGAUGGCAACAAUUGAUUAUUUUUAU